AUGGACGAAGCUUCAGAUAGCAUUCGGACCGCCAUCGGCGCUUGUGUUGGCCUCAUGUCUGGUCUCGUCAUCUUGUAUUAUUUCAUUCGACUCUGUCGGAAGAUUGCAAUGUAUCCCAAGAGCGACGCCGAAGAGGUCUUGCCAGCAUACCAACCGCCCAGUACCCUCCCGGCGACUGGCAACUUUUAUUACCAUGGGGAUGACGACGAAGACAACCAUUAUGGCCACCAUCCAAGUAGAACUGGCGUCCGUCCCGCCUCCAGAGACUUAUUCCGUGCGCUCCGUCGCGGACGAGUACCUACCACCGCUAUCACCACCACUAUUCCUACCGUACCGGUGCCCGCUUACUCGAUAUUGUCAAGGAAUUCGGGAUACUACCACAAUGGAGAAAUGACACAAGUCGGGGGCUCUUCGACACUACCUCUAGGCACGUUUGUCAUUCCGCUUCCUGCCCCUACAAGGCCGCCAAGGUCGGCACGUCGCUUGACUGGAUUAGGUCUUUUUGCAUCACGUCUCCCAGGUCAAGCCCCGCUGCUGCCUGUCGUCAACAGAAACGCACCCACAGAGACAGGAGCAAGCGAGCCACCGCCACCACCGUACUCGGAUGUCUUUGGCGAAUCCAGCUCCCAACCAUCGUAUCACCGGAUGAAUGGAACUCAGCGGAUAGCUCACUCGGCGGUCACUGUCUGA